AUGCCACAGCUUCUUUUACUCCUAAAAUCCAAAUGUGCAUUCUGCCAUAAGCUCAAGCUUUCCUCCUCAGAAACAAAUCGAUACACUUGUAAGCUGCGCUUACUCGAAUAUGGACUUAUUGAUGAUGUUGAAGAGUUGGAGAACAUCACCACGAAACGACAUAAAAAGACGACUUUAGGUCUCGAUGAGAAAGCCAGUGAGGAUGGCUCUGCCGAAUCAGAAGACGAAGGGGUCACGGAACUGAAGAGAAGACGCAACAAUUUUGUAAAGAAGGCAAUUAAGAAGAACGGUGGAAGGCUGUACCUCAAGACACUCGAUAGUACCAAAAUUGAAGCUGUAUCAGAAGGACGCCGCACGAUCAUCAAACAAUUCUUGAGCGCAAGUCCUAAGAUCACGACUUGUUCAAACUGCAAAGGGAUAUCUCCCGGAUGGCGAAAAGACAAGGUAAACAAGAUAUUUCGAAAAGUAUUAUCGGACAGACACAGAACAAGAAAUAUUCAGCAUGGUCAUAAAGCCGUCAACCCUCUUGUCAGAGCAGCUAAAGACCGUAGCUCACGUGAAGAGCAGAGAAGAGAGGAGAGAGAUCUUGAUGAGGCGAUCGGGCUAGAUCUAGAGGACUUGAUCUCUGAGGAAGAGGGUGAAGAUAUUGAGAUGAAUUUGGCGGGAGAUGAAUUGGCCUCCACCAAGGUCGUUCGAAAUCCAUCCAUCAACGUGACACACAAAUCGAAGACUUCAAUUAAACAGGCGCAAGAAUAUAUUACUCCUCAGGAAGUCCAAAUCACGCUCGAAGACCUUUUUUAUCAGGAGAAGGAGAUCCUGGAGCUUGUUUACAAUCACCGUGCUAAGCACCCGAUCAGCGUAGACAUGUUUUUUAUUCGGACGCUUCUCGUUCCACCAAAUAAGUACCGCCCUGAGGCUAGGACUGGCGAAGGAGAGCUAGCCGAAGCCCGGGAAAAUACUCUAUACAAAAAUAUACUUGGUCAAUGUGAUCGGAUACACGAAAUUAACGGCGUGCUCAAUGGCUCUCAGCAAGCGUCAAACCAAAGAGAAUGGACUUUCAGGGAUUUUCAAAACGCAUGUGUCUCAUUGCAGGACUGUGUAAAUGUCGUGAUCGAUAGUGAUAAAGGCCCUAGGACCUUCAAGGCCCAGCAGGGCCGGGACGGUAUCAAGCAAAAGCUUGAAAAGAAGGAAGGACUGUUUCGUAUGAAUAUGAUGGGGAAGAGAGUAAACUUUGCAGCCCGCAGUGUAAUCUCGCCAGACCCUGAAAUUGAAGUCAAUGAAAUCGGUGUGCCGCCAGUCUUCGCAAAGAAGCUCACAUUCCCUGAGCCUGUGACUAAUCACAAUUUCUAUGAGCUAAAAGAAGCUGUCUUGAAUGGAAGUGAUAAGUGGCCAGGGGCAUCAGCUAUCGAGAAUGAGAAUGGCUCAGUCAUAAAUCUGAAGUCAAAGACAUUUGAGGAGCGGCAAGCACUCGCAAAUCAACUACUUGCUCCGUCAAGCACAGGCGUGAAUGGAGCAAGAAACAAAAAGGUACAUCGUCAUUUGACAAAUGGAGAUAUUGUGCUCAUGAAUCGGCAACCGACACUGCACAAGCCGUCAAUUAUGGCUCAUCGAACGCGCAUCCUGCCCGGCGAGAAAACCAUACGCAUGCAUUACGCAAAUUGCAAUACUUACAAUGCUGACUUUGAUGGGGACGAGAUGAACAUGCAUUUUCCUCAGAACGAGAUAGCUCGCGCUGAGGCGCUUCAGAUUGCGGACACAGAUCAUCAGUAUCUUGUUGCCACGUCUGGAAAACCCCUUCGAGGCCUCAUCCAAGACCAUAUCUCGAUGGGUGUGUGGUUGUCGAACAGAGAUACCUUCUUUGACAGGGAAGACUACCACCAACUGCUCUGUAGCUGCCUAAAGCCCGAAAAAGACCAGAUAAAUUCAGAAAAAAUACAAACCGUUGACCCAGCAGUCGUAAAGCCUAAUGUGCUUUGGACCGGAAAGCAGGUCGUCACCACUGUUCUCAAAAAUAUCAGACCGUCUACCCACCCUGGCCUUAUCAUGCAAGGUGAGUCACAAACGACUGGUGAAAGGUGGGGCGAUUCUUCGGAAAGCCGGGUCGUCAUUGAUGAUGGAGAAUUGCUCUGCGGUGUUUUAGAUAAGGCUCAUCUGGGACCAAGUGGAGGGGGUUUCAUCCAUGCAGUGUACGAGGCAUACGGUCAUGCCAUUGCAGGGCGGCUUCUUAGUAUUCUUGGGAGACUCUUGACCAAGUUCUUACACAUGCGAGCUUUCACCUGCGGCAUGGACGAUCUUCAGCUUACACCUUUGGGCAAUGCAAGACGACGUGAAAAGCUCCAAGAAGCGGAGUCUGCUGGUUUUGAAGUGGCAACCAAAUACGUGUUACUGGAUGAGUCCUCGCAGUUAGACGAAAAUGAGCUACAUAAACGUCUUCAGGAUGUCUUUAGAGAUGACGAUAAGCACAUAGGCAUGGACAAUGUUUACAACACACGCACUUCCACUCUAUCUUCUCAGAUUACAGCAUCGUGUUUGCCUUCUGGCCUUGUCAAACAAUUUCCCAGAAACCAGAUGCAGACAAUGACGACUUCCGGUGCAAAAGGGUCAGCUGUCAAUGCUAAUUUUAUCUCGUGCAAUCUCGGGCAACAAAAUCUAGAGGGUCGCCGCGUACCAGUGAUGGUUAGCGGCAAGACGCUUCCCUCUUUCAAGGCUUUUGAGACCAACAUACGUGCUGGUGGUUAUAUUACCAACCGAUUUCUGACCGGUAUCAGGCCGCAGGAAUAUUACUUCCAUGCAAUGGCGGGUAGAGAAGGCUUAGUGGAUACCGCUGUGAAGACGGCGCGGUCUGGCUAUCUACAAAGGUGCUUGAUCAAGGGUAUGGAAGGACUGAAGUCGGAGUACGAUGCUACCGUCCGAGAUUCUGACGGCAGUAUUGUCCAAUUCAUUUAUGGUGAAGACGGUCUUGACGUCAGCAAGCAGAAGUAUCUUACGGAUUUUCGAUUCAAUGCAGAGAACUUUUUGUCUCUUGCGGCAAACGUGAAUCUAGCAGACGAAUAUGAUAAAUUGAUGGAGGCAGGAGCUUCAGAUCACCGUAAAAGGGCUAUGAAAAUAUUCAGGAAGUCACGGCGACUCGAUUGUAUUGAUCCGACUUUGGCACUUUACAACCCUGGGAGUGCGCUUGGUAGUACCUCAGAGAACUUCGCUGCUGCGGUAAACGCAUACGCAGAUGCUAACCCUGACUACAGGCUUAAAGAUAAGCGUGAUGACAGGACGAAGGACGCCCAGAUGACCAAAAGAACGUUCAAGUCAUUGAUGGACGUGAAAUAUCUCAAGUCGACUAUAGAUCCGGGAGAGCCUGUCGGGGUCGUUGCCGGCCAGUCCAUCGGAGAGCCGUCCACUCAAAUGACGCUGAAUACUUUCCAUCUGGCUGGACACGCUGCGAAGAAUGUCACGCAGGGAAUUCCACGGCUUCGCGAGAUUUUGAUGACUGCUAGUCGGACUAUAUCGACACCUACCAUGACGUUACAUCUAAUUCCAGAGCUUUCAAAAGAAGCGGGAGAAAUGUUUGCAAAAGCAAUCUCGAAGCUCACCAUAGCAGAGGUUAUGGAUAGUGUGGAAGUUCAUGAGUCAAUUGGUAAAGGAAUUGCCCAUUCGACCGCCAAACUUUACAAGGUCAAACUCAACCUUCAUCCAGCAGCUGAAUACUGCGAUACGUACGCCAUAACUGAGCAUGAUGUACUGGAUGCACUCGAAACGAAAUUCGUGACAUUACUUGAACGUAUGAUCAAGAAGGAGCUGACAAGGAAAGGUGACGCAAAACUCCUCAAGGAGGGCGACGGUCAACCUGAAAUCGGCAAGUCUUCGGGCAAAGAGACGGAGGCUAGAGGCAUUGCAGAUGCCGACAUGGAUGUUGAUAAGGAUGAGGAUGAUGACGAUGGCGACAAUGAUGGUACGAAUGCCAAGCAACGCGCCAAUAAGAAAGAAGCCAUUUCUUAUGACGCACCUGAUUCGGACGAGGAGGGUAUUGCGAAGCAAGCACGACGAGAAUCUACGCCUGGAUCAGACGAUGAUAUUGACUCUGCCCUUGGCGGGAGUCCAAAACCACUACAAUCGAGAGCAAGCAGCGAGGCAGAUCAUAGUUCUGAUGAGGAUGAAAUUCGCAUAGCUCAAAAGGAGGGACUCAAAAGACGUGAAGGCCGUAUUAAAGAUCGAUCGGGAGCCGUGACUCGCUUCAAGUUCGAUCCUAAAGGUGCAGCAUGGUGCGAAAUCCAAUAUGAAUACGACAUCAACACAGCCAAGCUUCUGCCUCUCCCUCUAGUCGAAGAGGCGUGCCACAAAGCAAUAAUCCAGCACAUUCCAAACAUUGGCGCAUGUACGUACACUACGGAGAAAGUUAAGAACGAAGAAACAAACAAGCUGGAAGAAGAACCCAUUGUUCUCACACAAGGCGUAAAUCUUAGAGCUAUGCAUGAGUACCAAGGCAUUCUGGACCCCCACCGCAUACUAACCAACGAUAUCUGGGAGAUGAUAGAGGUUUAUGGAAUAGAAGCUGGGCGUGCUACUCUCAUCAGAGAAAUGGACGCGGUAUUCAAGGGUCACAGCAUCAAAGUCGACCUACGGCAUUUAAAUCUCAUCGCAGAUUUUAUGACGAGAGGCGGAGGCUUCAAGCCGUUCAAUAGGACAGGUUUAGCAAGUAGCGUAAGUCCACUGCAGAAGGCUAGUUUCGAAACCACGACGCAAUUUGUGAGGGAUGCGGUGCUGGAGGGGGACUGGGAUGAAUUGAAAAACCCGAGCGCGAGGAUUGUGAUGGGGAAGUUGAGUAAAGUAGGAACGGGAAGUUUUGAUGUUUUCAUGCCGUUGACGCAACAGUGA